AUGCUCAAGGCCCGCAUGAAGGAAAAGCAACAACAGCUUGCUUCAUCAUCCUCCUCUUCUGCAACCACUCCAACGACUACACCUCCCAAUAUUUCCUCAACCACUUCUUCAAGUACCUCUCCAAAUACGAAUACUCCUUCUAACCUAUCCUCGGUCGUUGGUACAUCCACUGUUACUCAGCCCAAUUUUGGCUUGGCUGCCAUGAUGAUGACUCAUGAUGAUGGCCAGAAUUCCUCUAUGGCCAUACCAGCGAGUAAUAGUUUGAAAAGAUCUCAUCACGAGCUCGAGGAAGAUGAGGACGAUGAAGAGGAUUUCCACCAAGAGAGUUCAAGCAAACAACAACAACAACCACAGCCUCUUCAUAGCUUGAAUGAGGACGAGGAUGAAUCCUCCUCAUCCACGGGUACCAACGAAGCAGCAGCAGCUGCCUCCUCCACUACCACAAUUGCCCAGAACCAAGAUCUUGCAGUUGCAACUAUGGCUACGUCUUCUUCAACUCUUUCGACUCCUUCUGCUGCUACUGGCUCAUCUUCUUCAGCAACCAGUGCUUCGUACAAUGGAAGGCCACUGGCUCCUCCUUCCAAAGUUCUUCUCUUCUCCAAUCUCCCAGUGAAUUGUCAGAAAUCUGAAGUGUUAGAAUUUGAUCUCUUUCCAAACGAAUGCAAAUUCCAAAAGGUCUUUCUCUUCAAGCAACCUGCAUCCACUGCAAACAGAAACAACACCAAGAAGAGAAAGCGUGAGGGAUAUUUGGCCUUUGUCGAAUUUGAGAGCAUUGAGAAGGCACAAUUAUAUUUGAGCAAGUUUGAUGAACAAAAGAUCAAGAUUCGAGGUAAAACCGUCUAUCUUAAAUACUCUGAGAAACAACACUUGGAGGGAGGUUCGAACGCCAGUGAGGAGGAUUUAACAGUCACCACAACUCGCAAAAACGUUGUCAACACCAACAAUGCAACCAUCCUUCAUAUUACUUUCACUCAUUGUGAUGAGUAUCGCUAUCCAAUGAAUGUCCACACUCUUUAUAAUUUAUUCAACAAGUUUGGAACCAUUGAGAAGAUUAACAUUUUCAUCAAGAACGAGCUUACACAGGCGCUUAUUCAAUUUAGUCAACCCAACGAAGCUACAGAGGCUUUAAGAGAAAUGGAGAGUGUUUUUGUGUAUCCUGAUUUGAAAUUGUAUCGCAUGAACAUUCAAUUCAGCAAAAAGUAUCGUGACGAGUUGGUCAUUAAGGACAACAAUGAUAGAAACCGAGAUUACACCCAACAAUCUGGCACCACUCCCAGUGGCAGCACUUCAAGCAAACAACACGAUCGCUACAAUGCUCCUUCAAACCAAUCCUUCUAUGCACCACCACACGAGCAACAGCAGCACGAUUCCUCCUCCUAUCAUCACUACUCGGAAUCCAAAGGCACCUCUUCCUACCAUCACGGUGGUGGUGGCGGAUACAGCUCAAUGCCUUACAGCUCCUCUGGAGGCUAUUACCAACCCAUGAUGCCAGGUACCAAUGGAUCUUCAUCUGGGCCUCUCGGAAUGAUGCUUCCUCCAUACGGAUCAUCUUCGACUGAUUAUUUAGCUCCUUCUUCAGGCUCUUCUUCGUCGUCAUAUCCAGGUUUACCAUCACACCCUACUGCACAUCACGGAAUUCCUCAACCACAUCAUGGCAUUCCUCAGCAAUUCCCUCCUUCUUUACUUCCAAUGACACCACCUCCAUCUUUGAUGCCACCUCCAACUGGUACUUGUGUAUUGAUUGUUAAAAAUCUUCCUUCCUCAUGCACAUGUGACCACUUGUUCGUGCUAUUCGGACUCUACGGAGACGUCAUUAAGGUCAGCAUUAGCUUGUCAAAGAAAGAUCACAAGACUCCGUUCAUGGCCUUUGUCCAAUUCAAAUUCCCUCAUGAGGUUGCGAACGCGUUACGUUUUCUUGGUGCACCUUACUUCCCACCUUAUAAUUCCUUCAACUCGGGUAUGGCUCCUUCCGCUCAAGGUUGCACUCUUUUUGGCAAACCGUUACACAUUGAACCAUCUCUUCGCAUUUUUGAUAUUGUCCCACCAAGAUCAUCCAAAUCCAAGGAAACUGAUGGAUCUAAAGAUGUCAUUUUCAAGUCCUAUGAAAACUCACCUCUUCAUCGUUUCACUCCAAGACAAGGCACUCACGAGAGCUUUCGUGCCAAUUACAAAAAAGUCAUGAAUAUUUGUCCUCCUUCAAAUGUUCUUCAUAUUAGCAACGUUUCUGGAACCACUACUGAGGACAAGAUUAGAAGAGAGAUUGAUAAGCUAUUUACCGAGUCCUCCUCUUCAAGCGACAAGAAGACUAAAUCUCGCAUUGUUGAUUUCAAAUUUAUUGACUACAAGAAGACUCAAACAUCUGAUCACAAAUUGAAGGAAAAGAAAUCAGCGAUUGUUGAGAUGGACUCUACUGAUGCUGCAACCACUGUUCUCGUUGAGUUACACGACAUUUCUAUUGACUCACAUCAUUUGAAUAUCAAAUUUAGCAAUCGAAAUGGCUAUUCAGACGUAGGCACUAGUAGUGCUGCUGCUGGUAGUCAUGCAUCCUAUUACAAUUAUCCACCACCACAUCAUGAUGACUAUCGAAGAGGUGACAGACGAGGCUAUCGAAGAAGCGGCGGCAGUAAGGAUGAUAAAAUACCUCAGUCGUCCAAUUCUUCUGAGAGUGUGAACACCCAUCAAGACAACUAG